UUUCACUCCUACACAGAAUCCAGUUACAUCUUUUCCCCGGUGUGGAUUUUGCUUUGUCUUAUUGUGAAUCACUUGCAGACAUGUUAUUGGUCCAGUUAAUGGCGCUCUACAUACUCACAAAUUCAACCCUUCUUGCGUUUUGUGCUAAAAAUGACACUUCACCUCAGAGUGUUUAGCGUUGGGACUGUGUGUGAAUCAUUUUGCCGAAGGUUAAUAAACAACACCACUGAUCUUACUCAACUCAGGCUUACAGGAAUUACCAUAUUAGAUUUUUUUGAAUUUGUGCAUUAGAUGAGUCAAAAAACAGUGAGAGCGAAUGUGGUGCCAGAAUAUAAAAUUCUACAGUUUUAUGCUGUUUUGGGUUGUUUUUUUGUAGAGCUACAGGUUGUGAAAUAUGCGUGUGUGUGUGUUUGUCCCCCCCGUCUUUGUGGUCUGCGGAUGGAGACUGUUUGCUUGUUGCCGUCUAAACAGCGCUAUGGUCUUCUUUCCGCUUCGGCAGCUCCCCGCCUCAGGCAUGGCAGUGUUUGACCUUUCGACGUAGUUCUGUAUGGUUGUCUUCCUCCUACACCUCCUCUGCACGCAUCGACCCUCACCCGCCGUUGCCCCCCCCCCUUUACCACUGCUGGCUGAUGCUGACACCUUACUGACUGCAGGAAGUAGUGGGCUAGUGAGGGGGGAGUGGUGGUGGUGAGGUCGUGAGGUCGUGCAUGCUCGGACCUUCUGCAGGCCUGAACGCAGUCCGGCACCCAAACCAGAAAACCGUCCAAUUGCUUAGUUCAUACAGUGUUGUGUUGCAACAAGCUGUUGAAUGUGUGAACGCAUUGUGGUUUGUUGCACAACAGCCUUUCAAUGAACGUUGACAUUGAGAUAAACAACUUAGAUACCGGGGCAUACGCGUAAAAUCUUUAAAUAUGGCAGAAAGCCAUAUUCACUGCACUCACCAGUUAACAUUUGACAACAAAAGGUUUGAUGGUAACUGUGUGAACGUGUGGAUGUUUUACUCCCUUGAUGACAACAUGGCUCUGUUUUCAACAUCUGGUUUAACAGGCCUCCCUAAAAAUCUGACUAUGGCCCUUUUACACAAAAUACACACAUUCACCCUUAAUUUCCAGAAUAUCUAUAGGAAGUGUGUGUCAUUCUUCAUGGACAGUGAUGGACAGACAAACAAACUAACAUUUAGAGGAAAUCUUUUGAGUGUCUGUGGUUAAAGAAAUGCUUGGUGAAGAUCAGGCUGCUGCUUUAACUUUCAACCGUUUUUCCUCCUCCCUGUACAGAAGCACUCAUAUUAAACUCGUCUGUGGUGGUUAUGGCUGAAACAUCAGUGGUUUUGACGCUGUGCAACUUUUUUUUCUUGUGUGUUGUGUGAGUGCAUCUGAAAUAACCCCAUGGUUCUAAAUCUGGUAGCUUCUGGUAGCAUUUUUAAUCCUCUGAAUCUCAAGUUUCAGCAUAGUUUCAUUGGCACAAACCACUUCAUAGGACAAGUUUCUCUUCAUACAACCCACUUUACGUUGUGAUUGAAACAGGAUGUGGUGUAGCAUUUUAUUUCUUCUUUUCAGUACAAUUAUUAUGUUAAAAGCCGUGACAGCAUCCUGGUUUGGGCUGUUGGUACUGAGCAGGGUGUCGGUGCUCCCCCCACCCCGGCCUGUCCUCUCUCUCUCUCUCUUUCUCUCUGUCUCUAUCACUCGCAGCUUCAAGAGACUUCCUGUAAGCGCCAGACACUCGCUGUGGUUAAAAGUGGAAAAUGUCACUGGGCACUUAAAAGAAGUGAGCAGAGUGAGAAUGAGGAGACAGAGGGAUGAGUGUGAGUGUCAGAGAGAGAGAGAGAGGUAAGAUUGAUCAAGAGAGUGACAGUGAUGUGCAAGUAGAAAGAAAGGAGGAGAGAAAGAGAAAAGAGACGAGGGUCACCAGUCCAGAGGAGAAGACCACAAUGUGAUUCCUCUCGGGGACCCCCUGCUACCUUGACUGACCAAGACUAAUGAGUCGUAUUGUGGCCAUGGCCAUGGAGAUGUCGUGGCCCUUAUGUGUCCUGAUAGUUCUGUUUUCGGCGGAUGCAGCCAACUCCCACAAACGGUCGCAAGGACUCUCCUGUGUAAAUGACUUUGUCAACAAUGUCAACUGUACAUGGAACAGCACUCCGGUGGCUCCUGGUGUCAACUGUUGGAUCCAUGGCACGAAGAAAAUCUGGUUCUUUGAGAACAACACAAGACAUUCCAGACUUAUGACUCAAAGCUGCAAGCUGAAACAACACAAAACCUCUCCUCCAGGCUGUAGUUUUUCCUUCGAAAAUGAAGAAUUCAACUUCUUUGAAGUCAACAACAUCAGUGUGGAGUGUAAUGGCAAGUUUUUGGAGAACCUCACAAAUUAUAGGCCGCGCAGUCACAUAAAGAUGAAUCCUCCAGGUGUCCCCGCUGUCAGCAGCGCUGCUAAUGAGACCCGCAUAUCAUGGAGUCCAGGCAGUCUUCAGUCAGGCUUAAUCCAAACCUUUGACUUCCAAGUUGAGAUCAAACUAAAAAAACAGACAAGGGCGGAAGUCAGUACUUUGUAUACACAAGAACAACAGCUAAGAAUACCUGCUUGGAAGCUUAAAGGCCCCUGCCAGGUCAGGGUGAGAGUCAAGCCCAGUGACAGGCAUAACAGCCACUGGAGCGACUGGAGUCCGACAACAUCCUGGACUGGAGCAACAGAUGUGGCAAGAACACCAACGGAUCAAGAUUGGCUGCCGAUGCAACUGGUCAUGUGGGCAGUGCUGUUGACUGUGGGUUUCCUUGUUGCAACGCUGGUCUUUCACAUUAGCUGCGUGACUAAGGGGCAUCUCAAAUUGAAGCCGGUACCAAACCCUUCCAAAUACUUCCCCACUCUCCACUCUGUCCACGGAGGCCAUCUGAAGAAUUGGCUGAAUCCUCAGUCUGCUUCUGAAACAUUCUUCACUGUUCAGCCAUGUGACCACAUCUCCCCGGUGGAGGUGGGUGAAAGCUGGAAGGUGGUCCCCUCCACCUCUCCCUCCUCCAGCUCCACCAUCGCACUGCUCCACAUCAGUAGCUACCCCUCUGCUGGCUCGGACACUAGCAGGGCUGUUCGUGAUUCUUCCUCCUGCUUCUCUAACAUGGGCUACUUCAUGUCCAGCUACUCCAGCAGCGUAGCUCGAUCUGACACCAAUCCUGCCUACUUCACCUAUCAGGAUGAAUUCCACAAUGAUCCCAACUUUCACCUCGCCCUCUGCCCUUCCCUCACCUGUCUUUCAGCCUACGAGAGCUUGAAGAGGGAGCCACAGAGCCCAGACUCCGGUUUUGGCUUUGGACAGGAAGAUGAAGAGGACAAGAAAAAUGAAAAGGGCACGGAUGUAGAAGGGGAAGGGGUUUCAGAUGAUCUCCAGAGCUCACCUCUUCUUGUCCUCCCUCUGCAUCCUCCUCCCCGGGUGUGCCCUCCCUCCUCUGCUCCAGCCCCGCCUCAUCUUCCCAGUCUAAAUCAGACAUGCUCUGAUAGCCAAGAGGAAGAUGCGCCUGUGGUAGAUGCAUGUGAAAACUAUGCGGCCUGGCCGAUAGCUGGUACCAUGUGCAGGUCUUCCUCAAUGCCCUCUGAGCCCGGCAAAACAGGCUAUCUCACCCUCAAAGAACUUCAGACCACAUUUAGCAAUAAAUCCAUAUGAAAAGUUCAGUGGAUGCAGGAGAAUCCUAUGUGCGAUCAUUUCAAUUUUAAAUUUGACCUGUGUUCACACCUCGAGCAACGAGACAGGUUGUAUGUACAUUACAGUCUGAUUGCAGAGCAACCUGCGACAGCGUUUAUGGAUUGCCCGUGUGCAGUUUUGACUUAAGAAGAAUAAUUGCAUUUUAACCAAUCUUUUGUAACAAUUACACUUUAAACUUACAUUGAUUCCUUUGGCUCCUUGGGGGCAGCAGAACAGGCUUACAACCGACACAGAUGUCAUGGUUCACUUUUAAGCAAACUUUUUAUUUCUCACCCAGUAAACGCAACGCAACAAGGAAACAAGGCUGAUAGAAGCAGUUACAGUGAAAAUCAAGACAAUGAGAUGAACCAAAAACCUAUGUAGAACUGAGGGGAACUGCAUUGUUGGUUGUUGCCAUUAAGGGUUGAUUUUUAACAUCUUUUAUAAUUUCCCAUCAUCCUAAUCUAUUAAUAUAGCCAGUUAGAAAAUGCUUCUCAGGUAGAAUUAAUUAGAAAAAAUAAUAAUGAUCUUUUUUAUACUCAAAGCAAUCUAGCAUUACUUCAGAGCUCACCCCACCAACAAUUAGCUCUGUUUUUCUCUGCUGUAAUUAUACCUGUAAUUGAUAAGGUCGUAAUUUCAUCCACUUAGCUUCGGAAGAACAGUUACUGUACAUUGAUGUGUCAUGGUGGCAUAAGUUUGUAAAGAUAUACAUGUAAACCAUCAACAAAGCGUUUGACACAACAUGGUCAAAGAACAACCUGACCAGCUCAGUUUGUAGGACUGCUGUGGCAUAAUGCAGCGGAUACAUACUCUUUGUAGAAUGGUGAACAGAAAAUCAAAUGCGCAACCUUUUGAGGGAUUCCUGACAAGUACUUUUAAUGCUUCCUUCUUUAGUUUCAGUGAUCACUUUAAACUAAAUGCUACUGUCAGUUAUUAAAGCGAUUCAAAUGCAUUUGGCAGUUUGCUUUUUACUUUACUUUUUUCUUACAAAAAACAAAUGUCGUGAGAGCUCUUAAAAAACUACUACAAAAAUAAAAUUAAAAUAAAUAAGAAAAAACUGAAAAGUAAAAAAAACUUAAUUCUUGCAGGAUUUCGAAAGCAGUGACUGAUUCAGAAGUGCUUCCGUUGAUAGUAUUAAAUUAAAGAACAUGUAAGCAUUACUGCGGGGUUGAAGCAUUAGACAGUAGUAUAGCAUAUGUCCACUGUUCUCACUUGCGCUCUAAUGUUUUGUGUGAAAUUAACUCUAUAGCAGAUUUGUAGAUUUUAUUGACACUGGUCAAAGGAAAGGCAGCUGGUUGUUGUCAGUCACUGGCAUUUGUUUGCACUUCAUGCAUUUGUAAGAUAUCAAAUCACCAUUUUUAAUCAUCAUUUAUCAUCUGUAUCUACAGUAAAGUGUGUUUGGGGGUGUGCGUCCGUACGUGUUUGUGUGUGUGUGUGUGUGUGUGUGUGUGUGUGUGUGUGUGUGUGUGUGUGUGUGUGUGUGUGUGUGUGUGUGUGUACAGACAUAACAGGUUUAGAACCAUGUUUAAUGGACUGCUUAUUCUACAUUUAUCUAAAUCAAUGAGGUCAGAUAUAAAGGUUGCUACCCUGCACAUGCAGUAUGUUUCCAUUGCACUGACUGACAUCUGUAUCGAGACUAGACAAAAUAAAAGCUCCAGUGGAAAUGGGUCA